GCAGGGAAGCAUAUCUGACAUCUUAGAAACUCGUAUCAAAGACGACAUCCCCUUCUUCCUUCCCUUCUCCCUCGAUUUGGUUCGGUCCUCAAUCCUUCUUGAUCGCUGGUUCAUUUGGUUUUGGCUUUCGAACACGUCAUGGCCUCGUCCUCACAAAACGCUAGCAACGACGGCACAACCAAUCAGGUUUUGGUAGAAGACUGCAGGUUUACAAGGAUAUUGACACUUAACAGGCCUCGACAGCUGAAUGCUCUGUCUACUCCAAUGAUUAUGAAGCUACUGAAGCUUUUUGUUGCUUAUGAGAAGGAUUCUGAUGUCAAAUUAUUGAUAGUGAAGGGAAAUGGAAGAGCAUUUUCUGCUGGAGGGGAUGUUGCAGCAGUUGUCCAAUCUGUAACUCAAGGUCAUUGGACUCUGGGUGCAGAAUUCUUCCGGAAUGAAUAUACCUUAAAUUACAUAAUUGCAACUUACAGCAAGCCUCAGGUUUCUAUUCUAGAUGGAAUUGUCAUGGGUGGUGGGGCUGGCAUUUCAAUACAUGGUAGAUUUAGAGUUGUCACAGAGAAAACGGUUUUUGCUAUGCCAGAAACAGCACUGGGAUUCUUCCCAGAUAUAGGCGCUUCAUAUUUUUUAUCAAGGCUUCCAGGAUUCUUUGGGGAAUAUGUUGGCUUGACCGGUGCAAGGUUAGAUGGGGCUGAAAUGCUUGCAUGUGGCCUAGCAACUCACUUUGUCCCUUCUAUGAAUUUGACAUACCUGGAAGAUUUACUCACUAAGGUGGAAACUUCUGAUCCCUUUGUAAUCUGCGCAAUAAUUGAUCAAUUCUCAAAAAUGGUGCCUCUGAAAGUGAGUAGUGCUUAUAAUAGAUUGGAUAUAGUUGACAAGUGCUUCUCCAAAGAAACAGUUGAAGAUAUUAUAUCUGCUCUUGAAAAAGAAUCUGCUAGCAUGGCCGAUGAGUGGAUUGUGGUUGCAAUCCAGGAAUUGAAAAAGGCAUCUCCUAUCAGUCUGAAAAUCACUCUUAGAUCGAUCAGAGAAGGGAGACUGCAAGGAGUUGAUCGAUGUCUUAUGAAGGAUUUCAGAUUGUGUUGCCAUAUAUUACGUUUUGAAGCCAGCAAGGAUUUCUCAGAGGGUUGCAGGGCUAUAUUGGUGGAUAAAGAUAGGAAUCCGAAGUGGGAGCCUUCUAGAUUGGAUCUGGUAGAUUCCAAAGUGCUUGAUCAGUAUUUUGCUGAGGUCGACGAUCCAAACUGGGAGGACCUAAAACUCCCAUCAAGAUGCAGCUUAGAUGUCAAAUUUGUGUCAAAGAUUUGAAAGGUAGGUCUGAGGAAGCUUCUCCCUAUUGACUCUCUCACAACAAAUCAAAGUUAUUAGAUAUAUAGGAUGUUUAGAUAGAUUGGUCUUCCUAGGAAUAUUGAUGAAUAAAAGGAGGUUUUGAGAAUGCUAGCUUUACUUUGCAAAAGCUCUUCCUAACGAGUCUAAGAUAGUUUUACUUUGAGGUUCAUAAUUAGAGUUCAGGCUGGUAUUGUAUUGGUCUGUGCUAAUCUAUAUUGUGUCAUUACAUCGACACAUAUUGUUUUCAAAUAUAUAUAUAUAUAUAUAUAUAUAUAUAUAUAUAUAUAUAUAAAUAUAUAUAUAUAUAUAUAUAAAAUGUCAGGUGUAACGUAUGAUAUUGGGUCUUUUAUCGGAUGAAUAUGGUACAUGUCUUGUACUAAAUAAUGUAACUGUUAUAUACAAUAUACCAUUGUUGAUUUUGGUCCA